UAAUCAGGUUAAGCUACGUGUCAUUGUUUGUGUCUAAUUGUAAGCAGCGUCUCUUUAGCUUCUGGCUUCUCUCUUCCAUCAUGGUCUGAGAGUGUGAUUUGGACUCUGAGGCCUUUCGUCACCCUCACCGUGGGACCUUAGGGCGAGAUAGUCAAGAGAAAUGGAGAGGCACAUACCCAUUUCAUCUUUCUCUCUCCGCCUUGCUUGUCCUCUGCUAACCACCUCUCCCUCUCUCUUUUUUUCUCUCCCUCCCUCAACACAAUCUGCAACCCCUCCCAUCUUUCUGUGGACGGAUCGAUGGUGGCAUGCUGGGGCAGCCCGGUGCGGGCAGGGGGGCGAGAGGGGGACGCUGGCCCUUCCUCUCACCCUCAUCACCCUCCCUCUCCCCCUGCUGUGCUCCGAGGACAAGCCCUGCUGAGGAAACAAUCAACACACUUACCCAGGAGCCAGGCCAUUUCCGCCUGCUGCAUACGACGACCUGCCAAACUAGCUCGGAUCCGUGGACAUCCUGAGGAUCCAAUGAUCACAGGGCAGCUGAGCAAGCCGCUGCUCCCCCUCAGAGCAGAGAUGGAAGGCGCGGAGCUGCAGGAGGAUGAAAGGGCUGCCAGCCCGGACAGCGAAACCAACGACGAGCCCCUGCUGCUUCCGCCGGAUGCUGAUGACAAUGACAAGCUAUACGGUGGUCGAGGUGGUUCAGUCCAAUCUGAUGCGAGCAGUAGCCCCUCUGAGCAGGGUCACAUGGGCCAGUCCCAUCCAGCAUACCCUGUUGGACCACAGUCUCUGCUGGUGGCGCAGCAGCUGGCCUCGGCCGUGAGCGGCGUGAUGUCGGGCGGAGCUCCGGGUCUCAACCAGCCCAUCCUCAUCCCCUUCAACGCAGGUGGGCAUCUGGGCGGUCAGCAGGGCCUGGUCCUCUCCCUGCCCACCGCAGCCAAUAUCCAGGGCCUGGUGGCAGCUGCAGCCGCUGGAGGCAUCAUGACUCUCCCUCUACAGAACUUGCAAGCUACCUCAUCUCUCAACUCGCAGCUUCAGCAUCUUCAGCAUCUCCAACAAAUACAGCAGCACCACCAGCAGCAGCAGCAACAACACCAACAACAACAGCAGCAGCAGCAGCAGCAGAGAGAGCGAGAGCAGCGCGAGAGAGAGCAGCGCGAGAGAGAGCAGCGCGAGAGGGAGCAGCAGCAGAGAGAGCGCGAACGCGAGCGGGAGCAACACUGCGCCCCUGUCCACCUCCAGCCACCCAAUCAUCUUCCUUCCCAUCGCCAGCUGACUCCUCCCAUCCAGCAGCAAGCGUCUGGUCCCUCGACAGGAAACGCCACUUCUUGUACCUCCUCCAGCCACGCCUCAGCUCCACCUUCUCAAUCCCCGCCCACUCACAGGCCCAACCAAUCACCAGCUCGCAGCCUGCCCUCUCCUGUCACGCCCCCAUUGCCAUUGCAGCUCAAUCCUUUAGCCAGCCAGGCAGCGGUUGCUGCAGCAGCAGCGAUGGGCUCCAUUGCCGGAUCACAGGUUUUUGGUAACGCUCUGCCCGGCCUGCAGGGGGUCACAGGCCAGCUGGUCACCAAUGCACAGGGACAGAUAAUUGGGACGAUCCCAUUGAUGCCAAACUCUGCAGGACCAUCUAACCAGUCUGGAGGCGGGACUCCCUCGCUACAAGUCCAGCCAAUCACGCCGCAGCUGCUGACCAAUGCGCAAGGUCAGAUCAUCGCCACAGUGAUUGGGAACCAGAUCCUACCUGUCAUCAACACCCAGGGAAUCACGCUGUCACCAAUCAAACCUGGACAGCAGCUACCCCAGGCCACCCAGGCCCAGCCUCCUCCCCCCGUGUCUCAGCCAGGCCUGCUGCGAAUGCCCCACAGCCAGAGCCCUCUGCGCCAGGCCUCUUCCUCCUCCUCAACAUCCUCUUCCUCGUCCUCAGCUCUCAGCGUGGGACAGCUGGUUAGCAACCCUCAGACUGCCCCCAGCGAAGUGGACGGAGUGAAUCUAGAGGAAAUUCGAGAAUUCGCCAAAGCAUUUAAAAUCCGCCGCCUGUCUCUAGGCCUGACGCAAACUCAGGUGGGCCAGGCCCUGAGUGCUACAGAGGGGCCUGCCUACAGCCAGUCUGCCAUCUGCAGACACACCAUCCUGAGAAGCCACUUUUUCCUACCACAGGAAGCCCAAGAGAACACUAUAGCUAGCAGUCUGACAGGCAAACUGAACCCUGGCCUUUUAUAUCCUGCCAGGUUUGAGAAGUUGGACAUCACCCCAAAAAGCGCCCAGAAGAUUAAGCCUGUGCUGGAGCGCUGGAUGGCUGAGGCGGAAGCCCGCCAUCGCUCCGGCAUGCAGAACCUGACCGAGUUUAUCGGCAGCGAGCCCUCCAAAAAGCGCAAGCGCCGGACCUCUUUCACCCCGCAGGCCCUGGAGAUCCUCAACAGCCACUUUGAGAAGAACACGCACCCCUCCGGCCAGGAGAUGACCGAAAUCGCAGAGAAACUGAACUACGACCGCGAGGUGGUGCGCGUCUGGUUCUGCAACAAGAGGCAGGCCUUGAAAAACACAAUAAAAAGGUUGAAACAGCCCGAGCUCGGACCCGUGGCACCUAUGGACACUCUGACCGACACCUUGGAGGAGCAUCCGUAGUUUAAACUGGACUGGUUUGUGUACGAGUGCUGUGGAAAACUAUAACCACGUACCAGUGUCUAAACCUCCAACCUACCGAACACUAAAGACCCGGACAUUUCCUACCCAUUGUACUGCGACGGACUGUCAACAAUAGCAAACAGAAUUAUUAUUAACAGGGUUGUCGCAACCGUGAAAAGUGAAAGUGAGAGACUUGAGCAAAACCAAAAAAUAAAAAGAACAAGAAGAAAUAAUAAUAGUCAAAACUGCUUUUUGAGGGGGCAUAGUGCUGAAAUUGGGGGUCCUCAUCCAGGAUGAAGAAAAGAAUUUAGAAUACAGAUCACACCUAAAAUCAAGGACAAAUAAGAAACUACUACUACCAAAGUCUGUUCCAUCUGAUUCCUGAGAUUUUUUUAACUUGUAAAUGUGUUCUAAAUUUUUACAUUUCUACUGAGAAAAAGAAAAAAAGAAUAUAUGUGUGGCGGGGCGGGAGGGGAGGGCGUAACGUUCUAUCUUUGUCUCACUUGAUCACUUGGGUUUAUAUGUAAAUAUUUAAGAAAACUUUUGUCUUCAAAUCGAAAUCACAAACUCUUUGGAAACUUUGUCUCAGAGAUGUCUGCAUCAUACGCCUACUGUUCCUCCUCCUACCGUCACCUCACUCUGAUUU